AUGGAGUCGAGGAGUUCCCCGGUGGUCAUCUGCACAGGGGUAGAGGCGCAGGAGAAGAGGAGCAGCAAUAGCGGCGGCGGCGGCGGCAGCGGGGGCGUCGUCUUUGACUCUUUGCUCAUGCAGAAGAAGAACAAGAUCCCGCGGGAGUUCAUCUGGCCAUCGAGCGAGAGGCUGCAGACGCUGGACGAGCUGGCGGCGCCGGUCGUUGACCUGGGCGGCUUCCUGAGUGGGGACGAGGAGUCAACCCUUCGCGCCGCUGGGCUCAUCGCCGCCGCCUGUAAAGUCCACGGCUUCUUCCAAGUGACCAACCACGGCGUUGACCUCGCCCUCAUCGCCGCUGCCGUUGACUGCCUCGACGCCUUCUUCCGCCUUCCCCUCCGCCAUAAGCUCCGAGCCCGGCAGCUCCCCGGCAGCCUCUGUGGCUACGCCGGCGCCCAUGCGCACCGUUUCUCCUCCAACCUCCCCUGGAAGGAGACCCUCUCCUUCCCCCACAUCCACUCCGCCGCCGUCGCCGGCUCCCGCGACGGCGCCGUCGUCCGCUUCUUCACUUCCAUCCUCGGCAAGGAUUUCGAAGCCAUGGGGUAACCAUUUCUGAAUAUCCUCUCCUUACUUCUCCGGCGAGGGCUUACUGAUUCGAACGACUUCAUUGUUGCAGGUGGGUUUACCAGAGGUACUGUGAGGCGAUGGAGGAGCUCUCGCUGGCGAUAAUGGACCUGCUGGGGGUGAGCUUGGGGGUGGGGAGGGGACAUUACAGGAGCGUCUUCGAGCAGGGGAGCUCCAUAAUGAGGUGCAACUACUACCCGGCUUGCCCGGAGCCGGAGCUGGCGAUGGGGACAGGCCCACACUGCGACCCCACCGCCAUGACCGUGCUCCACCAGGACCUCGUCGGAGGCCUCGAGGUCUUCUCCGGUGGGCGGUGGCGCGCGGUCAACCCAGUGAGCGGGGCGCUCGUGGUCAACAUCGGCGACACUUUUAUGGUAUUCUUCUUGCGAUGGGGGUGGAGAAUUUGGGAAGAUGAGUGGGGAGGGGUUAGAGGGAGGAGAAGAGAGAUUCACAUGAUGGUUGUGGUAGGAGAGAGAGAAGAAGAAGAAGAAGAAGAAGAAGAAGAAGACGAUUGUCCGCGUAGGAAGACGACGAGGGGCCUUUUGUCGGAGGAGUCGUCCAGUGGUGAUGGGGGUUUGGGACCCUCGACAUAUCGGCCUUCUGUCGGUUUUCUAUGUUUUCCUACCCUCCCUCUCUCUCUCUCUCUCUCUCUCUCUCUCUCUCUCUCGCUAUCCCUCUCCCUCUCGUUCAUCUCACCUCUCUCUCUAUCGGCCUUCGGUCUCUCGCUAUCUCUAUCUCUGUCUCUCUGUAUUUAUCCAUCCAUCACAUUUCUCUCUCUCUCUCUCUCUCUCUCUCUCUCUCUCUAUUCUCUCUCACCUCAGAUCGCUAAACCUACUAUCGGAGGAGCAACGCCGGUGCAACUCCGGUGGUAGCCGUCCUUUAGGUCAUGCCACGGGAGCCUCCGGCGACCUUUCUCCGCCCUACUUUCCUCUCUCACUCUGGCAUUAUCUUCCUCCACAGGCGCUGUCGAACGGGAGGUACAAGAGCUGCCUCCACAGGGCGGUGGUGAACAGGAACCAGGAGAGGCGAUCCAUCGCCUUCUUCCUCUGCCCCAGAGACGACGAGCUUCUGCGGCCGCCGGAGGACCUCGUCGGCGACGGCACCGCCGCCGCCGGCGACAGAAGGAAGUACCCCGAUUUCACGUGGUCGGAGCUGAAGGAAUUCACCCAGAAGCACUACCGAGCCGACACGAAGACCCUGCAGAGCUUCUCCGAGUGGCUCCUCCGCCAUCCACGGCGAAGCUCCUGA